AUGGAAAGCAACAUGACAAUUGCAAGUGAUAUCCUGGAGAUCCAAGGCUUUGAUAUAGCUCCAGAGUUCACAUACCCUCUGUUUUUCUUACUGCUGUUUGUGUACUCUUCCCUGCUUUUUUCCAACAUUGGUGUUCUUAUGCUUAUCAUCACUGAGAAGAGUUUGCACCAGCCAAUGUACAUUCUCUUCUGUAAUCUGUCUGUCAAUGAUUUAAUAGGCAACACAGUCCUACUGCCACCGCUGAUGGCUCACAUUAUUUCAACAGACAUAAACAGGUUUAUCACAUACAGCCAGUGUGUUGCUCAGGCCUUUCACAGCCACACAUUUGGAUCAGCUUCACAUAUGAUUCUCACCAUUAUGGCAAUUGACAGAUAUGUAGCAAUAUGUCACCCUUUGAGGUACAGUUCAAUUAUGACCACCAGAACUGUGAUUGUGUUGUCUGCAACUGCAUGGGGGGUGUCACUAUUGCUUGUGUCUGUUUUGAUAGGACUCACUGUAAGGUUGUCCCGUUGUAGAUCAUUUAUACAAAAUGCUUAUUGUGACAAUGCAUCAUUGUUCAAGCUAUCUUGUGAGGAUGUGUCCAUCAACAAUAUCUAUGGGCUGUUUUUCACUGUGCUGUUGUUUAGUUGCUCAAUGGGAAGCAUAGCCAUCACCUAUUUCAGAAUAGCUAUCAUCUGCUGGAUCAAGAAAAACAAAGAGUUGAAUAACAGAGCACUGCAAACCUGUGCGAGCCACUUGGUUCUUUAUCUUAUUAUGCUCUGGUCUGGUUUUUUAACCAUCAUUCUGCACCGUUUCCCAAAUUACCCAGAUUUAAGGAAAAUUGCAUAUAUUUUAUUUCAUGUUGUUCCUGCUAAUUUGAAUCCUGUCAUUUAUGGAAUGCAAACAAGGUCAUUACGGGCUAAAAUUUUCCAGAUACUGCAUAGAGAAGUUACAUCAACCUAA